ACUUCAAAAAGCAGAGAGCUACCACACUCUCUAUCACUCUGUUUCCUCUGUUUCCCCUGCUUCACAACACUCUCAACAACAAUCAAUGGAUUCCACUUCUCACUUCUUCAACUCUCCCACCUCCGAUAACUCCUCCUCCUCCUCUUUCGGCUCCUUUAGCAACUCCUCAGAGUCAUUCUCGUGGAAUGGGUACCUUCCAUUCAACGAGAACGACCCUGAAGAGAUGCUCCUCUAUGGCAUGAUUGCCACCGCCGACACCCCUCGCCAGGGUCCCCUGGAGAGGGUAAAGGAGGAGGAGGUUAGCUCAGAGGAAAAUGGUGGCGAUUGUGCCGCAACAGAAAGGAAGGAGAAGUCGUACAGAGGUGUCAGGAGAAGACCGUGGGGAAAGUUUGCGGCCGAGAUAAGAGACUCAACUCGGCACGGCAUAAGGGUGUGGUUGGGGACAUUCGACAGUGCGGAAGCAGCGGCUAUGGCUUAUGAUCAAGCCGCUUUUUCGAUGAGGGGAACGGCAGCGAUCCUUAAUUUCCCGGUGGAGACGGUGAAGCAGUCGCUUAGGGAGAUGAACUAUGGUGGUGAUGGAGAAGAAGGGUGCUCCCCUGUUGUAGCCUUGAAGAGGAAGCACUCAUUAAGGAGGAAAAUUGGUAUUAAGAAGAACAACAACAAUGUUAAGGACAGGGACAAUGUUGACGAUAAUCUUAGGUUAGAUAAUGCAGUGGUGUUUGAGGAUCUUGGUGCUGAUUACUUGGAACAAUUGUUGAUGUCGUCUGAUCAGAUUCCUAAUCCUUGGUGAAGAAAUCAUCAAUUGGAAUUUUGAUUUAAAAAUUCAAUCCAAAAUCUUCAAGGCUAGCUCUGCAUGUUAGUGUUAAUUAUUUUAAUUACUUUUGUUCUUUUGUUCUUGUAUUUUAUUUUUUCAAACUUUUUUUUAAUAUGGCAAAAAUAGGUUUGUCAUCAUGUUUGAAUGAUCAAAAUUUGGAUCUUUCUUCCCUACCCCUCUUUGUUUUUUAAUUAAAAUUUUGCUGUAAAGCCUAAAAGAUAAGGAAUGCAGUUAUGUAUCUAUAUAUGUGGGGCUAAAUAUAAUUAUUAAUUAAUUAGUGUCCAAAAUGAAUUUGAGGGUGACUA